CAAGUGAAUUUGGUCUGACUGUCAGUUCGGGCAUUCGUUGGCGAAAAUUCAAAGUGAAUAGUUUGUGGGGAAAUUCGCGAAAGCACAGAAAUUUAAAAAAAAAAAAUUUAUAAAACAAUUGCAUAAGUUUUUUUUAUAUUUUAUUAUUUGAAUUCAUAAUUCAUUAUGGAUGGAAAACAAAAGAAAACACGGCAACGUAACAGAGCAAGAAACAAAGCCAACCGUUUAAAGCAGGAAAUGGGUCAGACUGAUUCGCACAACGAAGAGUUAACUAAAUUUAACGAAAGUGGCGGGGAUAAUGAUGAAUUUGGCGGUGAAAAUCUUUCGAAAAAUGUGAGCCAAGAGCAAAUUUUAGGUAAAGAAAACGACAAUGAGAGCAACGAAGGGCCAAAAUCGUCUAUAAUAGGUGACCAAACGGUAACGGAUGCAAUGGAUGAUUCAAAUCAAAGUUUGAAAUUAAUACAACAAAUGAUGCGUACAAAACUUUUGCAACAACAACAACAACAACAACAACAAAAACAACAAUACCAACAACAACAACAACAACAACAACAAGUGCAAAGUGAUGAGGUCGCUAAAUCCGAAGCAAAACAAGUGGAAAAGGUUAAUAAGCCGCAAAAGAGCGGUACGAAUGCAAGCAGAAGCAAAGACAGCGGAAGAACAAUUGACGCUAAAGAGUCCAUGGCAAAGAAAAGUCCAACAGCGGAUAAUUCAACAGAGCAGAGUGCAUUUGUGGCGAGUUUACAAAAGAAAUUAGAGCACUCAGUGGCUAACGGCAGCACCGAUUUACCAAAUAAUCUACUGGAAAACUUACAGAAACUUCUACACGAGGAGCCCAUAAGUGAUGUGGAAUCUUCGGGUGAUGAAGAAGACUAUGUGGAAUACGUUUACCGACCGCGUCGCUACUUUUUGGUUGCACUUUGCAAUUUUUGUAAGAAUGAGCUCACACCACAGACGAAAGUUCCUUGCAAACGUUGUCACUUGCUUUACUAUUGUUCCAGCGAACAUAUGAAGAGUGAUGAGCAACACCGUCAAAUUUGUUAUGCAUUGCAACAGGUGGCUGAUAAUUGUGGUGGUCACAUCUUUAGAAAAUGCGAAGAAUUCACCGCUGAACAAUUUCGAUCUUACCGCAUUGUUAUGAUACGUCAAAUAGAGUCAAUCAUAAAUCGACCGUUAACUGCCACCGAACAAGAGGUGAUUUUGUUUCCACGUAUUUGUUGUACUCCAACCUGCCGUGAGUACCAUUUUGAGAAGCUUGUGGACUGUGAGCAUUGCGGACAGGUGGCAUAUUGCCGUAAUAAACCGGAGCAUUUGAGUAAAUCGCAUCAACAGUGGUGUGAAUCAUAUCAACUCUUCAAGAGGUUGGAGUUAGUGCAGGCGAAAUGUGGGCAAAUCGAUCCGUCAAUGCCCACGAAAAUACUGCGUGACAUACCCGGCGCUUGUUCCAACACAAAACAGAUCCUAAGCAAAUUAGAUUGCGCUGUUCAGGACGCUUGUGAGUUCUCUGCGCUUAGUCAAAUCUCCACAUGUCCUUUGACUGCCUGGUAUGCUUUGAAAUUAUGUGGACACUUGAAAAAAUCUGAAGAAAUUACCAUACAUCUUAUUGGUGCGGAAAUCGAGUUCGAAGUCGAUGCUUUGCACAAAUGGGAGCUUUUUUUCUUGCAUUUAAAUCCAAAUACCAAGAAACUCAACAUAAUUUUCGUAGGACCGGAAUUGAGUCAAGGGAAUGUACCAUUCGCACAAUUGACAAAAACAAAAUGCUGCAGAAGUUGCCGAAAGUUGCAACGCAACGUAAGUUAUCGUUUUCAAAAUCAAUUAUAUCAUGAUUACUUCAACUUGCCGAUGUAUCUUCAACCCGACUUAAUUUGUUUCUUCAAUGCUGGCUUGUAUCGCUAUAACGGUUUUCAAAUGGAGGACACUUGGCCGGAAACAAUACGCAUUGCCACGAAUCUGAAAUGUCCUAUUGCGGUUACAUCGUAUACGGCCUACGAGGCACCAUUGGAUAUAUCACGACUAAUGCAGGAGUCCAGUCGUAAAUUGAAUGUGGUUCUUCCACCAAUUUUAAAUCCUUUCGCAUCUCAAAAACCGGAGCGUAACUUUAUUUCAGACGAGGAUGCUCCGCUUAUGUUUAAAAAUUAUUAUUGUUUUGUUGUUGAAUAAAAAGUUCUACGUAUAUGUGUA